AUGGAUGCAUUGGCAUGGCAGGAAUUCUAUCGUGUUCGAAUGGUCUGUGAAUUACUGAAUACGAUAGCGGAUUUCUUCCAAACUGGACGUGCCCGCCGAAAAAUGGAUUAUUUCCUCACGUAUUUUCAUCGCUUUUAUUGGAUGAAAAGAGAGCAAUGGAAUGUGAACUCGGUGAUGGUUGAAGUGCCAGGUGCCGAAGAAGCUGGAGAUGGAACGGUGGUCGAACCGCCACGAUUUCCUGCGGAUGUUGAAGCGGAAUAUCGUGAAUGUAUGCGUCGUAUGCGAAAAAGUGCUCCUAUCCCGAAAGAUUUGACAGAAGCCGAACGUGCAGUGGAGCAGGUCGAGCAACAGUUGAAGGAAAAGUUAGCGCUUGCAAGCGGAAGUGCUGACGAAGAGGAGGAAGAAGAAGAUGAGAGGAAGGUACCUGAUCGAACACUUCAUCAAAUCGCGGAAGAAGAUGGGGAGGAAUACGGUAGCGACAGUGAGCGACCGCCAGCGAUAAUCGCCGAAGAUGAUGCGGACGAGAAGGUUUGCGUACAUGUGGAGAAACCGGCGAUUCAACCGGAAGACGAGGAAUUUAUGCGACAAUUGGAUAGGAUGCUAGCCGAACAGAUUAAGGUAGUACCUCAGCAGACUUCGGUGGCAGCAGCGGUGAAUCCCUCAGUGGACAUGACGGUGCCAGCGGCAGUUCGAAAUCGAUUCCAACGACAAAUCUGUUUUGGUGAGUCUGAGGCUGCUAAGGCACACAUAGAGCACGAAGUUUUGUGGUGCUCGAAGAGGGCGAGAGCCGGGUUGCCGUCGAAAUCCGCAACUUGA